CUAAAGGAAUUUCUGGCAGGUACUGGUCCCUCCUUGCAUGUGACCACCAUCUCCCGUAUUCUGCACAUGUCUGGGCGAUGGGGUAGGGUGGCAACACGGAAACCCUUUCUUACAAAAAGAAAUAUCAAAGCCUGUUUGAGUCACCCCCGAACCAUGUGGGAAGAUGUGUUGUGGUCUGACGGGACAAAGGUUGAACUAUGUUAAGAUAUGUUUCAAUACAGCUCAUCAUCCAAGGAACACCAAACGCCUGUGAAGCGUGGUGGUGGGAGCAUCAUGCUCUGGGCUGCUUGAAUGAAUAGCUCCAAAUAUCAAGAUAUUCUGGCACAAAACCUGCUGUCAGAAAGAUGAAGAUGAAGAGGAAGAGGAAUAUCUCGUCCCAACAUGACAAUGACCCAAAGCACACAUCCAAGUGGACCAAGGCGUGGCUUCAGAAAAGGAAAAUCAAAGUCUUGGAAUGUCCCAGUCAGAGCCCGGACCUCCAUCCCAUCGAAAACAUGUGCAAUGACCUAAAGAGAGCUGUACACAGGAGAUCCCCUCGCUAUGUGAAGGAACUUCUACUUUUCUGCAAAGAAGAUCAAAUUCCAAAGUGUCGAUGUGCAAAGUGAAUAGAGACUUCUUCACAAAGACUUGCUGCUGUAAUAAAUGCACAAAGUGCUUCACAAAGUGUUCGUUGGGUGAGGUGUGCCUCCCUUCCUCCCUCCUAAACUCAGCUGCCACAAAGUUUGCUGACCUGCUGGGGUCAGUGCGUAGGGGCUCAGGGCCCACAUCUGACGGGGAAGGGAGAUCCAGCACUCCACCUCCCGCUGCCCUCUCUGCCCCCUCCCCUCCACACACCCCUGUUGUCCCCAUGCAGAUGUCUCGGCUCACAGACCUGGUAAGCAGCGUUCGCAGGGUGCCGGUGGCCCCUGCACCCGAGGGUGACGCUGCACCGGUACCUAGCGCCAGGCCCACCCCUACACCUGCACACACCACCUCCCCACCUCCCCCUCACUCCCCUUCCCUGUCUUCCUCCCAGAGACGCAAACAAGAAAUAAUCAAGAUCACCGAGCAGCUGAUAGAGGCAAUCAACAAUGGAGACUUUGAAGCAUACGCGAAGAUCUGCGACCCUGGACUGACUUCAUUUGAACCGGAGGCGCUGGGCAACCUGGUAGAGGGCAUGGAUUUCCACAGAUUUUACUUUGAGAACCUUUUGGCUAAGAACAGCAAGCCCAUCCACACCACCAUCCUGAACCCUCACGUCCACAUGAUCGGCGAGGACGCAGCCUGCAUCGCUUACAUCCGCCUGACUCAGUUUGUUGACAACCAGGGUCGGCCGCGGUCCAGCCAGUCGGAGGAAACUCGCGUCUGGCAUCGCAGAGACAGCAAGUGGCAGAACAUCCACUUCCACUGCUCAGGAGCACCUGCUGCGCCACUCCAGUGAGGGAUGAAUGCCAUAGCUCUGUCCGUCAGGAGUGCUCUGCUGGAGAGAGAGAGAGAGAGAGAGAGAGGAAGAG